GUUUAUCUCUCGAAUUUUGAGAAAAUUUUCGUUCGAGCCGCUCGAACGAGGUUAGUUAAUGGGAAACCAUGUCGAACGCGAAGUCGAGCGUCCUCAUUUUAUUUUUGGGGUUUUGCGUUUGUUCCGUGGAACUUUAUUGCGUCGAUGUAGAUGCACUUAGCAAUGUAACUGCAAGAGUUCGCGCCACGAAGAAAAGCAGCGGUUUUACUCAUAAAGAUGUGAACUUUUAUUUGUUGGAUCGAUACGGGGCUAUUGAUGUGUUGAAAGCCAACGUGACGGAACUUUGCGAGGGGAUGAUAAAGAAUUUUCCGAAAUUACAAGUGCUGUCGUUGAUUAACGUAAACAUGUCGAGAAUUCAACCUAAUUCGUUCUCAGGUGUGCCUGAACUGAGAGAACUGGCAUUCUCGGUAAACAAUCUUAGCGUUAUAGAAAACGGCAGUUUCAAUAACAUUCCCUCUUUGGAAAUAUUGUAUUUGUCAGGAAACGUUAUACAUACGAUAGAAGUUGAAGCCUUCCAAAAUCUGAAAAAUCUAAGAAAACUUCAUUUGGAUAGGAAUACACUACUGACACUCGAACCUGCUGCGUUCACUGGUACACCAAAUUUACAGUUUAUCGAUAUAAGUUUCAACAUAUUGAGGACGAUAGAAAAAGGGAAUUUUCCUCUACUUCAACCAUCGUUCAACGAACCUAUAGAACUAUUGUUAGCCUACAACGUAAUCGAAGACGCAGAUCCUAAAGUAUUCGAUUUCACAAAUCCCUUGAUACUUAAUUUACGCCAGAACCAAUUCGACGCAAUAUCCAACCUAUACUUCGGAUUAAACGCUCACAGCUCCAUAAAUUUGGACGAUAACUAUUUGAGUUGCUUGCCAGAUGAUGUUCUUGACGACAUCAGGGGUUCCACCAAAUCAAUUUCUCUUAAGAGGAACCCCCUUACCUGCGAUUGCAUGAAAAACAUAGAAGAAGCCUUGGGGAACGGCGACCAGUUAUUCGGAAUCGGAGUCUUGGAGUACAGCAGCAUGAUUCCGUGCAGUUAUGGACAAUUACCAACAGAAUCGGGAUAAAUUCAUUCAUUAGUUUAAUAAGUUAUGUUGUAAUUGUGUUAAUAGUUUAAAGUUUGUGUAAUUAAAUUUUCUGUCUACA